AUGCUUAUGGAUCUACCAUCAUCGUCCUCCGAGGAUGAAGAGGAACUCGAGAGGAAACGCGAGCAGCGAAAAAAAGAAGAAAUCGAAAGACGACGAAAAUUCUAUCGAACACUCGAAUCCGAUAGGGAUGACGAUGGAAUCGAGCCCAAGCGAAGCAAAAAUUGCUUAAAAGAAGGAUUUCGUGAAAUGCUUCGAGUUCAAAAAUACACAAUCGGCGACGAGGCGAAAGCCAAAGACUACGAAAACUAUUUAGAAAUCAUUUUCAAAUAUUUCGCCGGCGAGAACAACGAAUUCGCAAAAAUGAUGGACGAAUGGGAAAAUUUGGACGACGUCAAAGAGCACAUCAAGCAACGCCAUCGCGCGCUAUUUGAGCGAAUCGAAAACGACGCGAGCAAUCGCCAAAUCCAUCAGAUUCUUGUCGAAAACUCGAAAUACAUUUUCAAAGCCGUCAGCAUUUGGCUGAAAAUCGACAAUGUGCUCAAUGAGCGCACGUUCGAUGAGGCCUAUGUGGAAGCAAUCGACUAUCACACUGAUAUGCGGCGCCAUCUCUUCAGCGAUAUGCCGUCGCUAUUCGAACAAGAAAAAUUAGAAUACGAGAAGAAAAAGAAAGAGACUUACGAUGAAAUUGUCGAUUUGCUCAAGAAUAAAUUGCACAUUGAAGAUGGCGACGAGAGAAUGGCCAACGAGCUCACUAUCGCUUCAUUGCGAUUGAGCAGCGAAAUUCGAGAUACGAGCCCACCGCGCAUUCGCAAUUACGUGAGCGACGAAACGAUGGACGCGCUGACACGCGAACUAGAUGCCAUGUACCUCAAACCAUCGACGUCGCCUCAGGCAAUUGUGGUGAAGCGCGAUGAAGACGUGUGGCAAGAGGAGCAAGCGGCGCCGCAGCAACGACGACGAACGGCGACUCAGAGAAGACCACGAAAACUAAUGGAGUUGCCGUCGGAUUCUGAUAGUUCCGACGAUGAGUCACCAUUUUGCUAUUUUUUGAAAAUCGCGCAAAGAGAGGAUGAAAGAGCCAUUCCGCGCCUCGAGCCACUAGUGAAAGAAGAGCCGAUGGACGUUGAUUUUGACGGAAAACGCGUGCGUUUUGUUGACUUCGAGGAUCCCCGAAAUACAAUGCGAAUUUAUUGCAACGCCGUCGACCAUUAUUGCGCCCAAGGCGACGACGGAAGCACACUGGCGAUUCUCGACGCCUCGCUGGCGCGCGGAAUGAAAAUCAUCUCGGGUUUGGGAUAUUUGGCGCCGAUUCGAUUGAAAAAAUCGAGCCACAUUCCGAAACGAAGCGAACCGGUCAAAUAUUGCCAAUUGGCCGCAAUGAAACGGGAUAUUCCCCGAUUGGCGUCUGGCCGUCUCGGCUGGAAAUUCGCGUAUGGCAAUGAUCGAUGCACACCGUAUCAUGACGAUUUGAAAGAAGACGAUUUUAUUACCGCAAUGUGGUUAUCAAUGGAGCAUAUUUUAUUGGCGUUUCGACCCGGUUAUAGUAGGGAGGUUGGUUUGAAGAAACGAGAAGUUUUCGAUACGGCCAUCGGCAAGCAACUCGCGCUCAAACGGCUUGAGCUCGAAGAGCAAAAAGGGAAAACCUGCGGCGUGCGAACGCUGGCUCAAAUCGAGGAAGAAUUGGCGGCGGAUUUGCAAAACACCAUCGAGUUCUCGGGAAGGAUGUCGAAAGCGCUAGUUUUCCACGAUUGGCGUCUCGCGUUUCUCUCGCCCAAAACGUUUUGCGAUUUCGAAAUGAAAGCGGUGCCGAUCGACAUCGGAGAUGAUUGCUUCACCGCCUUGAAAUUCUUCGUCAACGAGGUGAUGCGCUUCGAAAAUACCAUCGAACACAUCGCAUUCGCGUUCGGCGGCUCGCAAAACGCCACCAUUCCAGCAGUACUAACAUGCAUCGCGCUUGUCGCAAAAAUCACCAAAUCGAGAAACGUCAACGUCCACUGGUUCUCGUGGUGCUGGGCGGAUCCAAUGGAAAAAAUGAAUGGUGAAGAGCACAAGCAUGUGCGAUUUUUCAACAACGCGAUUAGCACAUUCAUUUCGGCGUUGCAACGGCGAGGAAAUGAGCAUAUUAAAUACCACAAGUUGCCGUAUUUCACGCAGGAGCCCAACGAAACCGAUGAACAACUUCUUGAGCGAAUCACGGUGUGCCUUCAGAAGAGACGGCCGGCGAUUCGUAUUCACAGUUUCAACACCCCAUUAGGUUUGCUGGCUGCAACCGCUUACUGUAAAACGAAAGGCGUCAUUACUCGAUUUCCGCUGCUCCUUCUAAUCCAAGAUCAUCCGAUAUUAAACGUUCCGGCUCGACUGAAUGGACUCGAGGGUAUGGCUGCCAUUGCUCGGAAUCGCCGAUCAAAAUUCGCUCCUCAAUCAGUUCAAUCAAGUGAGACCAAAUCUCUAGCCGUCUCGAAAACCCCAUUCGGAUUGCAAUGGUCCGAUUGGCUUCGAGCUACCAGUGACAUUCUCACCAACAACAACUCAACGAAUCGGCGAAAAGAGGAGGCGAGCUCGAAGAAGUUUCUUAUCGAGCGAUUCCUUGAUGAUGACAACAAUCCUUCGGUAUCACCUCAGCCGGCAGCCAUACCCAAUCCCAUCAUUCCAUCAAGCUCGGUAGAAUUCGUCAACGGCGGCUACGGCGUCAAAAACCCGCUGGCGCCGCUUCUCAAUUCCAUCGAUAUUCCAUCGAUCAAUCACGCGACGAGUUCCGAUGAGUCCGAAACGCUAUCAUGCCAUAUUUGCGGCAAGAAGUUCAACCUUCAACGCCUUCUGAAUCGCCACGUCAAAUGUCAUAGCGAUUUGAAGCGCUAUUUAUGCACAUUUUGCGGCAAGGGCUUCAACGACACUUUCGACUUGAAACGACACACGCGGACGCAUACAGGUGUUCGUCCCUACAAAUGCGAGCAUUGCGAGAAGUCGUUCACCCAACGCUGCUCACUCGAAUCGCACCUUCGCAAAGUGCACGGAAUCUCGCAUCAAUACGCCUACAAAGAGCGUCGAAAUAAGGUGUUCGUGUGCGAGGAGUGCGGCUUCACCUCGGAAAAAUUCGAGCUCUACGUUUCGCACUUGAAAAUCUCGCAUCCGUUUUCGGUGACACUCAUGCGAUUGACAUCGCUGCCCAAGAAAACCGCCGCCGCCACACCAGCGAAUCCGUCAAAACGCGCCUCAUCAUCAUCAUAA